UCUUAACCUUAUUUACCAAUCUCAAUUCGUUCUACUGACGUUCGCGCUCUCCGCAGAGGUUUCUAGGGUUUUUGCUUCCUCAUCUUCUCUCAUCUCUCCAUUCAACAUGGUUCUUCAAAACGACAUCGAUUUGCUCAACCCUCCUGCUGAGCUUGAGAAGAGGAAGCACAAGCUCAAGCGUCUUGUGCAAUCUCCCAACUCUUUUUUCAUGGAUGUGAAGUGCCAGGGAUGCUUUAACAUAACAACGGUGUUCAGUCACUCCCAAACUGUGGUGGUGUGUGGGAAUUGCCAGACAGUACUGUGCCAGCCGACUGGUGGGCGUGCUAGGCUAACCGAGGGUUGCUCUUUCAGAAGGAAGGGGGAUUGAUUGAUCUUGAUCAAGGUCAUUCCUUGUUGCUAUUGCUAAUUGCUAGAAGAGUUCGUUUGAGGAGGAAAUGGGGCAUGCCCGGUUUUUGAUUUGGUGUUGGGUUUUCUUUAAGAAUAUGUAAUUUUGUUAGGAAAGAAGUUUUGAACAUCUAUUACUAUAUUAGUGUUGUUAUCCUUAUCAUGUUUGGUGAAAUUGAUUUGGGUUCUGUUUGACAUUUAAUUAUAUCUUCACUUUAUUGUCA